AUGUCGCGAAAGAAGUCAAAUGAGGUGGGAACUUGGGGUUUUGUUUGCGUCAGACGGCGACCCGCUGUGGAAUCGGUUUGCUGAAACAACCGCGGCUUACGUAUUGUGAAGAAGUUUACUGACAGAGAAGCUCCAGAAGACCGAGCGUCACCAGAUUCCAGAAGAUGUUCGAUGUUGGCGACGUUCUGUGGUCCUGUGGAAAAUGAAAUGUUGAGCGAGACACUCAAAGUCAAAGAGCUCGAAGAAAUUAUACAUCAUCAUGAUGUUGCUCUUUUCCAGAGAAAAGAAGUCAAGAGACAUGGCGCGGGCUUCCGAAUUGAAAAAGUUGGGGGCUUUAUAGAUCAUCUCGAGACGAAUCCUUUGUACGACUUAUGA